UCAAACGUGCAAUCCUUUCGUUUUCUGGAGUUGUCAGAGGAAUAGAAACUUGGCCGAAAACUUUGGAGAAGGAAAACAAAAACAUCUCGCAGUCAACUUGUGUGCAAUAGCAUAGCUGGCAUAGCACAACACACGAAUGAGAGUAUGGCUGCUGGAGAACCUGCUGGACAAACUGAUCUUGGAGCUGAAGUUGAGGAAGAGAAUCUGACAAGAGAUGAAACAGACGCAAAACCUGACCGCAGAGGAAGAUUUCUGCUGUUUGGUAAGAAGAAUAAGGAUGGCCAGACGCGGGAGCAGGACUACUCUUCUGAAAGCCAUUACAGAAUUGUUUCACCAACAUUCCAGUAUAAGAUGAGCCACCAGCGAGUGGGCAAGUGCAUCAUCAUCAACAACAAAAACUUUGAUGAAAAGACAGGGAUGAAUGUACGCAAUGGCACGGACCGAGACGCAGGCGAGCUGUUCAAGUGCUUCAAGAGCCUGGGCUUCGAUGUCUACAUCUACAACGAUCAGACAUGUGAGAAGAUGGAGCGUCUUCUCAGAGAGGCCUCGGAGGAAGACCAUAGUGACAGCUCGUGUUUCGCCUGUAUCCUGCUAAGCCAUGGUGAGGAGGGCAUGAUCUACGGAACAGACGGAGCCAUGCCCAUCAAGUCCAUGACCUCAUUGUUCAGAGGGGACAUGUGCAAAAGCUUAGUCGGAAAGCCCAAACUCUUCUUCAUUCAGGCUUGCCGGGGUUCCGAAUUUGAUGACGGUAUUCAGACAGAUUCGGGUCCGCCAAACGAUACCCUGGAGACAGAUGCUAAUCCAAGACAUAAGAUCCCUGUAGAGGCAGAUUUCCUCUUUGCCUACUCCACUGUGCCAGGGUAUUACUCAUGGAGGAACCCUGGGCGUGGCUCCUGGUUUGUCCAGGCGCUCUGCAACGUCCUCAACGAGUUUGGCAAGCAGCUGGAGAUCAUGCAGAUCUUGACACGGGUCAACUACAUGGUGGCCACCAGCUUUGAGUCCUGGUCUGAAGACCCUCGCUUCAGUGAGAAGAAGCAGAUUCCCUGCGUGGUCUCUAUGCUGACGAAAGAACUGUAUUUUAACUGACCACCAGCCUAAAUGACCGUACCGAACGACACAACUGACUGACUGACUGACUGACUGACUCUACAGACUGUUUCAGGUACCGACUAAGCGGUCAAAGCAUUCAGGGAUGAUUCAGGCCCAGCAGGACACUGCACAUUUGGAGCACAUAAAACAUUUUGCAUGUGUAGUUGGGCCCGAAAAAAACAAGCACUCCGUGAGAAAAAAAUAUUUACAGUGGCACUCCGCGUUCAUGUGUUGAUGG